UUAAAACUAAAUGGAUUCUAAAACGAAUAUUGCACUAUCUGGUGUAUUUGAAGAUAUCUGGGCUGACGAGCUUCAGAUCUUGGGUGACAGUGAAAGUAUACCCCAAAUUCCUAAAAUUACCAAACAAUUUACCAACACUCUCAAAGACAAUAAAGGGAAAGCUAAUAAAGAGGAUUUAGAACUAAUGGUACACAAUACUCAUCAGUCAGGAUGUGUAUAUGAAAAAGUUCCUUCCAAAACCCACCAUAUUCGUCUCGACUAUAAAAACAAGUGAAGAUCUCUCAAGCCAAGAACACACGAUCAGCCUCAAAAUCCUUUCUUCAAAAAGCACGAAAAUGAAGCUCUUCGGAGAAUCCCUUCCACUGAAAUCCUAAAAUCAAUCCUUAACUAAAUCCCCUAUCCAAACCCUCUAAACAC